AUGACUCCUUUCUGCACUUCACCUUUGUUGGAUUGGGAUUACACCUGGAGCUCGGACUACCCAAGGCUGACAUCAUGCUUCGAGAAUACCGUCCUCACCUACACACCAGCGAGUCUCCUUGUGCUAUUUGGUGUCCUCCCUCAGCUUGUAAGACGUCGGAAGAAGCAAUCCCGCUAUCGUGAAACACUGUCCUGGACUCCUCUAAGUAUGUCCAGGUUCGUCGCAAGUCUUCUGCUUACGCUUACUUACGGGUUCUCGAUCGUGAACAAACUGGUCAGUGGACCGUCAUCCGGGUCAUCGGUGGUAGCAGACCUUGUACACGUCAUUUCUUUCGCCAUCACCAUGAAAGUCCAGGAGAGCCAUAGAAAGAAUGGAAUUGGAUCAUCGAUGCUACUUUUUUUAUUUUGGCUGGUGACCGUUAUCUGCAAGCUCCCUGAGUGCUUUCGCCACUUGCACGGACUCUUCGCAUCGGGCAGAAACUUGGUUCACAUUUUGGAUCUUGAAUUUGCCGUCUGGGGUUCAGCCUAUCCUAUGAUGCUCUUGCAGCUGUUCCUUUCUUGUUGGACGGACGCCAGAAAAGACGCGAAAAGACCCUACCUCACCGCGCCACCUGUCUCAUUCCUUCUUUUCGGAUGGUUGUCAGCACUCAUACAUAAGAAGCCAGAACGCAGCGUUCAGAUGGAGGACCUCUACAAGAUACCACGGGGCAUGAUGACUGAACAAAGCUACCAUCAGUGGGCUGCGCUGUGGAAGAAGGAACUAAAUUCUUCCGGAUGCGUACCAGAAGACGAAUUAUGUAGAAACUCUAGACUUGGGCCUUCACUGCUCAAGUCGCUUUGGAGAGUGUAUUGGAAGCCUGUGGUUAUUUCAUGCAUCCUUGGCGUGCUACGAGCCAUAGUAAGGCCCGCCUCUGCUCUUUUUUUGCAUCUCCUGAUGGACUACAUGGGCGGAAACGGUCCCACGUGGAUAGGUCUCUUGUACGCCUUCGGAAUGGUGAGCACCAUCUUUGGGUCGGCUCUGCUUGCUGUCCACACGAACAGGACAAUCAGUCUUACGGGGCUAAAUGCAAAGAGUGUCUUGGUGGCAGCCAUUUAUAGAAAGGCACUUCGGCUUUGUAGCCAGUCGCAGAAUGACUACACGAUAGGGAAGAUGGUCAACUUAAUUUCCGUUGAUGCCGACUGGAUCUUCAAACUUAGCACCACUUUUAAUUACGUUGCCAGUGCUGUCCCAAUUAUAAUGAUCACGCUAGUUCUACUAUGGCAAUACCUUGGAUUUGCUUGCCUCGCUGGAAUCGCUGUCAUGUUCGUUAUGGUGCCGAUAAUAGCCGUAACGGUAGACAUUAGGAAGAAGUACCAGACAGGCCAAAUGAAGCUGAAAGACAAGAGGCUGAAUAUUGUGGCAGAAAUGUUGAACUGCGUUAAAGUGAUCAAACUUUUUGCUUGGGAAAAUUUUUUUAUCGACAAGUGCAAAGCCUUACGGUUAGAGGAGAUGGGUCUGCUAAAGAAAUAUUCCUAUCUGACUGCUCUUCAUCGCUUCCUUUUUACUAGUAUGUCAUCUGCGACCACGUUGGUGAGUUUUGUGACUUACGUGUUGGUUAGCGACGAUCAUAUUCUCGACGCAAGGACUGCAUUUGUGUCAUUUGCUUUAUUUGAUUAUUUGGAGCUCACGAUGUUUGUAUUGCCAGACUUCAUUUCUAACUUGGUUCGGACGAACGUUUCAAUGACCAGGAUUCGAAAAUUUUUACUAUGCCCUGAAGUAGAUAAGAGUUCAGUCGGUCGACGUUUGAAUGAAGGCGACGUUGUAUUAGUGAAGAAUGCAACGAUCUGUUGGUUGAAAAACAAAACACCGACGUUGAGAAAAAUUAACUUGACUGUCAAUACCGGUCAACUGAUCGCAAUCGUUGGGCCCGUAGGCUCUGGCAAGUCGUCAUUGCUUUCUGCAUUGUUGGGACAACUUCGAGUUUGCUCAGGAUCUGUGGAUUGCAUACAAAGUGUAGCGUAUGCUCCUCAAUGUCCGUGGAUACAAAACAAGACUAUACUAGAAAAUGUGAUCUUUACGAGUACGUACGACUCCGAAUUGUACGAGAAAGUACUGAGGGCAUGUUGCCUCGAGAGAGACUUAGAGAUCCUUCCAGGUGGAGACCUGACGGAAAUAGGCGAGAAAGGGGUCAACCUAAGCGGCGGUCAAAAGCAAAGGGUGAGUCUAGCAAGAGCCGCCUACCAGAUGAAAGACUUAUAUCUGUUUGACGAUCCCCUGAGUGCAGUGGAUGCUCACGUUGGGGCUUACCUUUUCAAAAAUCUUAUAGGACCACAAGGAAUGCUUAAAGACACCACAAGAAUCCUGGUGACCCAUCACCUUGCAGUACUUCCUGAAGUCGAUUACAUUGUCGUCAUGCAGGAUGGAUCGGUAAUUGAGACCGGAACGUUCGAGGAACUCAAGAAAGAAGGAACUGCUCUUUCGGGACUGCUAAAGAAAGUAUCGGAAAAAGGUGAGAAAUCGACAGGAAAUGACGAUAUUCUUAUAGAUUCAGAGGACAAGUGUAACCUAGAGAAACUGGAGCGUAAAAUUGCGCUUGUGGAGAAGGAGAGAAUAGCGGAGGGUACUGUUGGUCUUCAUGUAUACCGAAGCUACAUAAGACAGGCCGGGUUUCUGCUGAUAUUGGUUAUUUUGUGUUACGGUGUUUACACAGCACUUGGUGUGUUCGUUGGUAUAUGGCUGCGCGAAUGGACCGAUGAUUCAUUGUUCAUUGACGGAAGCCAGGGCCGAUCUCUGCCUAUCUACAGGAUUGUUGUUUACACCCUGCUCUUUACAUUCCAAGCGGUUGCUAAGUUUUUUGCAGUCGCAAUGCUGUGGAAAGUUGCACUCUCAUCCUCUACCUCGCUCCACCAGUUGUUGCUCGAGGGAGUGAUGAGGGCGCCGUUGUCAUUUUUUGAUGUCACCCCCUGUGGACGCGUCUUGAACCGCUUCGGUAAGGAUAUUGACCAGCUUGAUAUCCAGCUUCCAAUGGCAGCGCAUUCUACUCUUGAUGUAUUUUUUCACUUUGCAGCAUCACUUCUUCUAAUAUGCAUAAAUAUUCCUGUCUGCUUUUUGAUUAUCAUUCCGGUGGCAGCUAGCCUAGUGGUUCUGCGUCAAAAGUACGUGGUCCCAUAUCGACAAGUCAAAAGGUUGGAAAGUGCCAGCCGUUCUCCGAUCAACAACCAGAUUUCCGAGACAGUAGCUGGUUUGAGCAGUAUCAGGAGCUACGGCGUUGAGGAUAUUUUUAUACGAGACAAUGAUUCUAAGAUUGACAUUAUGCAGACCUGUACUAUGAACGCGAGACAUUUGAAAUACUGGAUGGACGUCCGCAUGGAGAUGGUCAGCGAACUGACUGUGUUUUUUAUGCUGUUUCUUCUCGUUACCAGCCGCGACGCAAUCGGCAUGGGAUUAGCGGGCCUUCUGAUUUCUUACAUGAUGAGUAGUCUCUCUUACUUCACCGACUUUCUGCUUUACACAAACGAACUAGAAGCAACUAUGGUAUCUGCCGAACGUGUAGACGAGUACAGCUGUUUGACUCCGGAAGGGCUAUGUACAUCGAAUUUGAGACCGGACUCUCAGUGGCCAGGCUCAGGGGCAGUGUCCUUCAAGUCCUACUCCACUCGGUACCGGGACGGCUUGGGCCUGGUCAUCAAGGACGUUAACCUGGAUGUACGUCCUGGUGAGAAACUGGGGAUCGUAGGACGAACAGGUGCAGGUAAAUCGACCGUAACCCUAAGCCUUUUCCGUAUCGUCGAGGCGGCGUCAGGCAAGAUAUUAGUGGAUGACAUGGACAUUGCGGCCUUAGGACUGCAAGACCUCCGUUCCAGGAUAACCAUCAUACCUCAAGACCCGGUCCUGUUUCAGGGCACUCUGCGAUUUAACCUUGACCCGGCCGGUCAGCACGAUACUUUCGAGCUCUGGUGGGCACUGGACCGAUCUCACCUUGCUGAUUUCUUCAGACAAAACGAGGGUCUAGACUUUGAAGUGGCAGAAGGGGGACUCAAUCUUAGCGUGGGACAGAGGCAGCUCGUCUGUCUUGCCAGGGCUCUGUUGAAGAAGACAAAGAUACUUGUCCUUGACGAAGCCACGGCAUCAGUGGACGCUGAGACAGAUAUGCUGGUUCAGCAAACCUUGAGAGAUGUGAUGAGUGGGUGUACCGUCUUGACCAUAGCUCAUCGUAUUCACACCGUUCUAACGUCAGACCGUGUUGUUGUCAUGGACCGGGGAACGAUUCUCGAAGUUGGUAGUCCGGCAGAACUCUUGGCUGAUACUACGUCGUCCUUCUACGCUUUGGCUCAUGAAGCGGGAGUUGUUUUCCCCGGAGUUACGGAGUCCGGACUCGCUGCUAGUUGGUCGGGUAGGGUUUUUCGCUAGUCGAGCUAAGCUUCUUGCUGAAUAGUGGCCCGGGUAGCAGAGUGAAAGUGGCGGAAUGCCAUGUUUCUAUAUAAAAACCUUGAGGGAGACCGCAUGACCAGAGGAGCAACGUGGCAUAAAGCCACCAUCGAACACCUGACGCUUAAUUUACCUACACCAGAAUCAUCUUCGACGGCUUCAGUGCCACAUUGGCGGUGCAUAUUGCGCUUCCGAGCGACGGUUUACAAGGAGGCAUGGAAGCACUCUUGCUGUGAGGUGUAUUGUUUUCUGUAGAU